GGUAGCGUCGUAGUCGUGCCUGCCCUUCACAUCCGUCCACAUCCUACGAGGCUCUGCUCCCAAGCGCAGCACCACGAUGGCCCUGCUCAAGUCAAACAAGGUGAUCUACUGUCUGGGGAACAUUUCCCCGUCCCUGGGAGUGCUGUCCACCCGCAACAGCUCAUGGUGGGGUGGAGUGCAGAUGGGUCCCCCCGAUCCCAUCCUGGGGGUGACUGAAGCCUUCAAGAGGGACACCAACCCCAAGAAGAUGAACCUGGGAGUGGGAGCCUACAGGGAUGACCAGGGCAAACCCUUUGUGCUCAGCUGUGUCCGCAAGGCAGAGGCUAUGAUUGCAGCCAAACAGCUGGAUAAGGAGUACCUGCCCAUUGGCGGUUUGGGGGAGUUUUCCAAGGCCUGCGCCCAGCUUGCUCUCGGUGCUGAAAAUGAGGUCUUGAAGAGCGGCAGGAGCAUCACUGUCCAGACCAUCUCUGGAACUGGAUCUCUGCGCAUUGGAGCCAACUUUUUGUCUCGAUUCCAUGGAGGUCCUCGUGACGUGUACCUGCCCAAACCCUCCUGGGGAAACCACACACCCAUCUUUAGAGAUGCUGGCAUGCAGCUCAAAGCAUACAGAUACUACGAGCCGGCCACCUGUGGCUUUGACUUCAAGGGAGCUCUUGAUGACAUUUCGAAAAUCCCAGAGCACAGUGUGAUCAUGUUGCACGCUUGCGCCCACAACCCCACUGGUGUCGACCCCAGACCUGAGCAGUGGAAGGAGAUUUCUGACAUUGUGAAGAAAAAAAAGCUGCUCGUGUUCUUUGACAUGGCUUAUCAGGGCUUUGCAAGCGGAGACAUCGAUCGUGAUGCCUGGGCUGUUCGCUACUUCAUUGAGCAGGGCCACAACAUCCUGCUGUCCCAGUCCUUCGCCAAGAACAUGGGGCUCUAUGGGGAGCGUGUGGGAGGCUUCACUGUGGUGUGUACCGACGCAGAAGAGGCAAAGAGGGUGGAGUCUCAGCUUAAGAUCCUCAUCAGACCCAUUUACUCCAACCCACCAAUGAAUGGCGCCAGAAUUGCAGCAACCAUCCUCAACACACCAGAUCUGCGCACACUGUGGCUGGAGGAGGUCCAUGGUAUGGCUAACCGCAUCAUUAAGAUGAGAGAAAUGCUGGUGUCUGGUCUGAAAAAGGAGGGCUCCACCCACAACUGGCAGCACGUCAUCGAUCAGAUCGGGAUGUUCUGCUUCACAGGCCUCAAACCCGAUCAGGUUGAGCGCCUGACAAAGGAGUUUUCAGUGUACAUGACCAAGGAUGGCAGAAUUUCCAUGGCAGGCGUGACCUCUGGGAACGUUGGCUACCUGGCACACGGGAUCCAUGCAGUCACCAAGUAGAGUUUGUCCUGCUGGGAGAGCUACGAAAUCAAAGCAGCAGUGUUCAAGAGGAGCUUUAUGCGUCACCUGUUUUCUGUCUGCUCCAUUCCACCUGUUAGAAAAGAGCUCAGAGUUUAGUUAGACAGUUUCUUGAUUGGAUUUCAUCAUGAAUUCAGCUUGGAACAGUUUCUGCUGUCAAACGGUUUAGUUUCUGGUUACCUUUUUUUUUGUUUUACAUUUCACUAAACAGGCUCCCCUGCCAAAUUCUAAGACAUGUUUUUCCGCACUACUGAUGGAUCAUCUUUCCUUAUUUAUUAUAUGGAAUCAACUGUUGGCUGUGCAUUAGUGUUCUCAUAAAUGUGUGCUGUGGGCCCACUCACUCACAGGAACCAGCAUCGGGGUAAUGUUAGGCUGUGCAUUAGUUUCUCAGACAAAUGGAGAUCAUUGUUGCGAUGUGAAAGCCUCUAGAAAAUGUGAGUUCUUUUUUUUCUUUUUUUUUUUCUUAAUUUUUAAUGACAAAGUUGUAGCACUUUAUAAGUUGUAAGGCACUGUUUGAGUUUCAAUAUUAGGUCGGCAUCCUGUUUUUAUUUUUAAUCAGGCAAUCAGUUCACUAUCAUGCUAAUCUGUUGCCGUUAAUCUAACCUAAUCAAUCAUCAUUUCAUUAUUAUAUCUGUUUGGAGUGUGCCUAGCUAUCUCCCUUGUAUUCAGUACUUUUCCAGUGGAAAUUUAUGAAUCAUUUUUUUGGUUUUAAUAGUUGGUGGCUUUCUUUCAGUCUUCUUUUUAACCCCUGAUAUAAACAAGCACACAAGCCAAACAAUUAUUCUCAGCAAAGAGAAGUGGUCAAUACUUUGUAUUACACUAUACAAUACUUUUGAUUCAACAGUGGAGAUGUCUUUCCCUCCAUAUUCCAUCACAGGCCCAAAAUCCAUCCCUUCAUUCUUUAAAUUUUAUUUCAGUCAUGAAGUCUGUAUUUGUUACAAGUACAGACGUGUGGUUGACAUAGAUGUAUGAUGUACGUGAUCGGGGUGAACAUGAAUAUAUAUAUGCACAUGCUGCUCAUUCACUCAGAUGGUCAUUCACAUCCUGGUUUGCUGUAUGUGUACAGUGUAUGAAUCUAUUCAUCAUCAAAACAGCAUUUAGAAAUGUGGGGUCUUUCCCCCAGUCUGCUCAUACGUCUGAAGUCUCUGGCACUUCGCCUCCAUGUUUUGCAUUCUGUCAUGAAAUAAUGGAUCAUUGGACAUGUACCUUAUUGAACAAACAUUAAAUCAUCAUACAUGA